AAUGUUUGUCAUUUUAUCAUUAUUUAUUGUAAAUGAAAAUCGUGUUCUUUGUUUUGCUAGACACACACACACACAGACACACAAGGGGGGUGGGUGCUCAUGCAAGACGGUGCCGCCAGAUGUGGGAAGACGUGGUUUCUUUCUCCAAACAGCCUCGCAGGCUUUUCCAGCACUUCCUCUCCUGCCGCAGCGCUCUCGCUCUCCUCUUUACUUUCUUUGCCUUCCUCCCCUCACACACCUCCACUAAAACAACUUUUUUUUCCCCCCCUGCUUUUUAGUGUGGAAGAAAACAACAGCUUUUUGGUUGCGCUCGUCCUGCAGCUUUGCAGCAUCAAGCUGGGUGACGGAUGAAGCUGUGCAUGUGAUGGAGUUAUUCCUAUAAAAAAAGAAAAUAGUGGAUUUUCAGGGAGCCAGAGCAAUGCAGUGAGUGGAUGGGAGAGACGACAAAGAGGCACAAUGAAAGACGACUUUGCGGAAGAGGAGGAGGUGCAGUCUUUUGGCUACAAGAGGUUCGGAAUCCAGGAAGGCUCAGAGUGCACCAAGUGUAAAAACGACUGGGCUCUACGUGCCGCCAUCGUGCUGCUCUACGUCCUCUGCGCCCUGCUCACCAUCGCUGUGGCUGUCCUUGGGUACAAAGUGGUCCAGAGAAUGGACAGUGUCACCGAGGGAAUGCAGAAUUAUGGCGGCAAAAUCAACGCUGUGGAGACCGACUUAAAGAAACUUGACUAUCAAACCGGCGAGAAGUCGGUAAACACCACCAGUGACAUAAAGACAUUUAAAUCGGAUCUAGAGGCCCUGCAGAGCCAGCUGAACGACAUCGCCGUCAGGUCGACACGGAACAGAGACGUGCUGAGUGAACUUCAACUGACCGGCGACGACACGCAGGACAGCCAAGUCUCCCUGCAGAGUUUACUGAAGGGCAACGCCGCCUCGCUGCACGGGGUCAACCAGACCUUGACGUCCUACGGCGGCAUGAUCGUCGACCUCCAGACGGACACGGUCAGACUCCAGUCCGAGAUUCAAGGUCAGGUCAAAGAGCAGGGCCGGGCUCAGGUCAGUAUCAGUGCGCUGAACAUCACGCAGGCUCAGCAGCGCAACGUGUUGAGCUCGCUGCAGAAGACGGUGGAAGACGCCGGGCAGGUGGUGCAAAAACUCAAGAACGACUAUCAGACUCUGCAGCAGACCGCCAGACAGACGCGGGCUGACACAGACUGGCUCAAGGAGAAAGUCCAGAACCUUCAGGUUUUGGCAGCAAACAACUCGGCAUCCGUGCGGUCCAACGGCGAAGCCUUGGACGAUUUGGGGGCUCAGCUCAGUACGCUGGCGAGCCAGAUCCAAAACACCUCCGUCCUCGCCGAGGGAAACGAUCAGAACCUGAGGGAACUCAUGGACCACCAGAGGGACCACGAUAACGCCACCUCAUCUAAGUUUGAUGAGAUGGAAGCGCGCCUGGAUAAGCACGAGAGCGGCAUCGACAGGGUGACAGGCAACGUGAGCUUCGCCACGCAGCUCCUCGGCACCAUCAGCUUGGACCUCAACAGCAUGAGGUCGUGCGCAGAGACGGUGAUGCGCCACUCCGACGUGCUUCUGGGCUUGAACAACAGCGUGGACGAAGCCAAGGCCGAGAACAGAGACCUGCGAGGCCAGCAGGACGAGCUGGUGGCCCGGCUGGACAAAGAAGUCAACAGCCUGUCUGUGGUGAUGGAGGAGAUGAAGCUGGUGGACAGCAAGCACUCGCAGCUCAUCACCAACUUCACCAUCCUCCAGGGUCCACCUGGUCCAAGGGGCCCCAAGGGGGACAAGGGGCCCCAGGGCCCUGUAGGCCAGCCAGGCCAGAAGGGUGAUAAAGGAGACAAGGGGAUGCCAGGUAUGAUGGGAUCUAAAGGGGAGAAAGGUGCUCCUGGCCAACAUGGUGCAACUGGUCCAAAGGGGACACCUGGCUCCCGAGGCCUUCCUGGGUCUAAAGGAUCAAGAGGGACUGGAGGUCGACCUGGAAUCCCUGGAGACAAGGGCGACCCCGGAGCUCAAGGCCUUCCGGGCAGAGAUGGACUACAGGGCGUGCAAGGGCCGCAAGGACCGCAGGGUCUCAGGGGAGCUGCGGGACCUGCUGGCUUAGAGGGGCCACGUGGGCCUGUCGGACACAUCGGCCCUCCCGGUCCUCCGGGGUUACCCGGCUUGCCUGCUCCGAGUGUUUUAAAGCCGGUAAAGCCCAGUGCGGCCACCAAACCAGCUGAUGAACCGCAAAGCGCAGUGACAAGGCAGGCCCAGAAUCCACCGCCUGCCCCCACUUCAGCUCCUGGUUGUCCAGCAGAAUUCAGGAGGUUUGGUGACAGCUGCUAUUAUUUCUCCGCCGCCACUCAGAAGGUCAACUAUGACGAGGCCAGUACGUUUUGUUCCAACAUGGUGGCUCACUUGAUCAUUAUCAACAACAAUGAGGAACAGAUGUUUGUGGAGAACACGGUCACAGGAAAAGGAUUCUUCUGGGUGGGCCUCACUGACAAAGAGGAAGAAAAUGUGUGGAAGUGGGUGGAUGGAAGCAUACCAGUUUUCCAGAAAUGGAAUCCGGGCCAGCCUGAUAACUGGACGCGCGGCCACGUGCACGGCGAGGACUGCGCCGGAGCAGGGAAACUAGGAAAACAACAACAGCCGAGGAAGGUGACGUUUGUUGCUCCAGCGAUGCCGCUCUUCGCGACCAACCCAUUUGACCAAGAUGUUGAGAAAGCAACCAGUGAGAUGAACACAGCAGAGGACUGGGGCCUCAUCUUGGACAUAUGUGAUAAGAUAGGACAGUCGCGCACUGGACCUAAAGAAUGCCUUCGCUCCAUAAUGAGACGAGUUAAUCACAAGGAUCCCCAUGUGGCCAUGCAGGCGCUCACUCUUCUCGGUGCAUGUGUGUCAAACUGUGGCAAGAUCUUUCACUUGGAAGUGUGCUCCAGAGAGUUUGCCAGUGAAGUCAGUAACGUCUUAAAUAAGGGUCACCCUAAAGUGUGCGAGAAGCUUAAGGCGCUGAUGGUGGAGUGGGCCGAGGACUUCCGCAACGACCCCCAACUCAGCCUGAUCUCGGCCAUGAUCAAGAAUCUGCGCGAGCAGGGCGUCUCGUUCCCCGCGGUGGGCUCCCAGGCGGCGGAGCAGGCAAAAGCGAGCCCUGCCUUAGUGGCUAAGGAUCCUGGCACUUCCUCAAACAAGAAAGAAGAAGAAGACUUGGCCAAAGCCAUCGAGCUGUCCCUGAAGGAGCAGAACCAGACGUCCUUGUCCGGCCUCUACCCCAGCACGUCCGCGCUGAUGCCCGCGCACAAGUCGGACGGACGCAAGGUGCGCGCCAUCUACGACUUCGAGGCGGCCGAGGACAACGAGCUCACCUUCAAGUCGGGAGAGAUCAUCACCAUUCUGGACGACAGCGACCCUAACUGGUGGAAGGGGGAGACUUAUCAGGGGGUGGGCCUGUUCCCCUCCAAUUUUGUCACCGCUGAUCUCACAGCCGAGCCGGAGAUGAUGAAGACGGAAAAAAAGACGGUGCAGUUCAGCGAGGACAUUCGGGUGGAGACCAUCGAGCCGGAACAGGAGCCUGUUUUUAUCGAUGAGGACAAAAUGGAUCAACUGUUGCAGAUGAUUCAGAGCGCAGACCCCACAGACAACCAGUCAGACAGUCUUGAGUUGCUACAGCUGGAAGGAGCGUGCAAUCAAAUGGGACCCCUCAUUGACCAGAAACUGGAGGACACAGACCGAAAGCACUCUGAGCUGUCUGAGCUCAACGUGAAGGUGAUGGAAGCUCUGUCGCUGUACGCCAAGCUCAUGAACGAAGACCCCGUGUACGCCAUGUACGCCAAGCUGCAGAGUCAGCAGUACUACAUGCAGCAGCCCCCCGCCACCGCCGCCACACAGCAGCAGGUGUACCCCGCCGCUCCCGCGUCCAGUUCGUACGGCAUGAGUGGCGGCGGCGUUCCGGGUUACAACAUGCCCGUGGAGCAGCUUCAUUCCAUUCCCGGACAGCCCGCACCCAGUGACGUUCACAUGUACAUGGCUCAGCCUCCCGUCUACGCCUCCGCCGCAACGGGCGGCAUGCCGCCGGCCGACGCUCACGCCUACCCGGGCGGCCCCCCCGCCGCCUUGAUGCAGGCGCCGCCCAACUACGGCGCCCCCUCUGGCCAGAUUGCGCCGCCGUCCGCCGAGCCGCUGCAAGGCCCCUACUCGGAGAAGGCCUUGCUAUAGGGCCCCCGCCGCCCCCACAAACACUCAUUUACACCAAAAGUCAGCAGAGUAGUGCCAGAUCAUUUCUGUUUUUUUUUUGUUUUUUUGUGACGAUUCUGAAAUCAAAGAUAAAGAUGCCAACCCUCUCGAUUUUCCAGCUUGGCAAAAAUGAGCACAACUCCCAACGCGCCCUUCAUUUUCUGCAUAAUAUCUAGCUAAUAAGUUAUAGAAGUCAGUUUUCAUGUUAUUUGUAACCCUCCUGUUAUGCUUUCACAGGAACAGCAAUAAUGGUCAUUGGUCAAUUUGUCCUGAAUUGUCAGAAAAAGAAAAAAGUCCUAAUAAACAUCGAUAAAUUAUUUGAAUUAUUAGUUCAACCUUACAUUUCAUGAUGUUGAUUACGCUUUUAACAAGCAGAAGUUUUAAUAUAAAAAUAUUUGCCCAAGUCCCGCGGCACGGUGCACGACUGGUUAGCACAUCUGCCUCACAGUUCUGAGGACUGGGGUUCAAAUCCCGGCCCCGCCUGUGUGGAGUUUGCAUGUUCUCCCCGUGCCUGCGUGUGUUUUCUCCGGGCACGCCGGUUUCCUCCCACAUCCCAAAAACAUGCAUGGUAGGUUGAUUGAAGACUAAAUUGCCCUUAGGUGUGAAUGUGUGCGCGAAUGGUUGUUUAUUUCUGUGUGCCCUGCCAUUGGCUGGCGACCAGUUCAGGGUGUACCCCGCCUCUCGCCCGAAUAUUGCUGGGAUAGGCUCCAGCACGGCCGCGACCCUUGUGAGGAUAAGCGGAACGAAAGAUGAAUGAAUGAAUUGUAAGUCGCUAAGACAGAAUGGGUCAAUAGUACCCACAACAGAACAGGAUGUAAUAUAGAUAAAUAUUUCAUACUUUCUGUGAAUUUAGAAAAUGUCUUUUCAAAUAAAAAGAAUUCCAAAUAAAUUAUAAUCAUGUAUUCAUUGUGCAUGUGGUGAGAGAAGGCAGAGAGAUGCACGGCUAUAAUUGAACGCCGCGUUGUUAUUCCGGGUCUCAGAAUGAGCUAAAUUUGUCGUCCGUCGCGGUGGGAGUUGUUCUCUUGUCUGAGGUGGGGAAAAUCGGAAGGGUUUCCGCAUCACCGUCAUUCUUAGUUGCAAUUUUUGUGUUGUUGUUGUUGUUGUUGUUGUUGUUGACGCAACGUCCAGUCUGAAUCCACACAAACUAACAUGCGACAACAGCCUUCGUACUCACUACUGUGCUAACGGUGUCAUACAAAAGUGGUAUUGACUUUCACUACAUUCUGUAUUAUGUUUUACCAAGUACUGAAAACUGACGCCACUUUUUAUUUUUUUGUGUUUUUUUUGGGGGGCGAGGUGAGCAAAGCAAAGCAUGCACAUGGCCCUGUAAAUACUGUUAGCGCUCAGCCUCAGAGAACAAAAUGGGGGGGACGAGCUCCUCUCUGUGUUGUCUUUUUUUUUUUUUUUUUGUAGAGUAUUUUAAUUUAUGUAUUGAUUUUGAUUGUCAUGCUAUUUUAAAAUACCGAGAAGCGGAGCAAAGGGGGUGUACGUAUUUCAAGAACAGCGGGACGAUGCUCCGUUUCUGCCGGUUGUACAUUAUAAAAGGAAGGAAUCUCUUCACGUCGCCGUUUGUGAUCGUCGUACUGUAGGAUGAAAACCCGAACAAACAAACAAAAACUUCCUUUUGCGCAUUUCAAAGCUGAACUUAAAAAUAUGACUUGAAUUCACUCCUGAAGCUUUUAACACUGCUUAACUCCAUACAAGAUAAACUUGUGUGUGAGGAAUGACAGGUGAUGAGGUCAUUAACUUGAAAUGGAGAAACAGUGGAGUCACUCUCAUUUAGAUUUUUGCCUUUUUAAUUUGUAUGAAAUUGAUUUGAGGGGUAAUAAAUUUCAGGGUGUUGGAUUGAAUGCCCAGUGGAA